UCAAUCAAUCAAUUUAUUUCAUUGUUGUUUUUGGUUUUACCUUUUAAUACCGCUACUAAAAUUAUUAUAAAAUAAAUUAUAAUUAAUUUGAUUGAAGUCUUUUAAAAUGGCAGAUCGAUUAUUAAUUCACGAUGAUAUUAAAUUGUACACAACAUCAGAUAAGUUCUAUUUCGAGCCAACUAUUAAUCCAACAGAGAUUAUGGUUAUUGACAGAGUGACGGGAGAGGCUACUGUCAAAGAAUAUGGCUCAGUAAAGAUCCCAAUCCCAGCCAAUGCAUACAAACCUGUAUGUGGGUUCCUUGGCUCUAUCAAGUUGAUAUCUGGACUCUACCUAGUUGUAGCCAAGUACCGGAUAUUGGUGGGAAGGCUGAAUGGCCAUGACGUAUACGAAUUGGCUGGCACUGACAUCAUACCGUACGCGCGCUCCACCACGCAUCUCAGUAGUAAACAGAUCGAAGACAACAACACAUACGAACGUAUGUUGCGUGCGGCGCUGGAGACGCCCGGCAUAUACUUCUCGUACGGAUAUGAUCUCACACACACACUGCAGCGGUUGCAUUCGGUAGCCGCCGAUUUCCACAAGAUGUCGCUGGCGACACGUGCAGACUCCAGGUUCCUGUGGAAUGGCCACUUGCUCAAAGGUUUCUCACAGGACCAGUUCGCCAGGUUCGCGCUACCCAUCAUACAAGGAUUCGUAUCGAUAAACAACGUGACGGUGAACGGUCACCAGCUGACGUGGUCGCUGGUGUCGCGCCGCAGCGUACACCGAGCUGGCACUCGCUUCUACAUGAGGGGCGUCGACUCACAGGGGAAUGUAGCCAACUACGUAGAGACAGAGCAGAUCAUAGAACGCGGCGGGGAGAAGUCUUCCUUUGUGCAGACCCGAGGAUCCAUCCCGCUGUACUGGAGCCAGUACCCGAACCUGAAGUACAAGCCCAAGAUGACGCUGUCCCACGAAGAUCACGUGGCGGCCUACACCAAGCAUCUGAGGGAUCAGCAGCAGAGAUACGGCAACCAGGUGUUGGUAAAUUUGAUCGACCAGUGCGGCGGCGAGGAGGCGCUGGAGCGCGGCUACCGCGCGGCGGUGGCGGCGGCCGCGCUGCCCGGCGUGCGCUACGAGCCCUUCGACUUCCACGCAGAGUGCCGCGGCAUGCGCUACCACCGCCUCAACGUGCUCAUCGACCGCAUCGCGCACGAGCAGACGGAGUUCGGCUACUUCCUGUCGCGCGGCGGCACGGUGCUGCUGCGUCAGAGCGGCGUGUUCCGCACCAACUGCGUGGACUGCCUCGACCGCACCAACGUGGUGCAGUCGCUGCUCGCGCGCCUGCAGCUCGGCGCCGCGCUGCAGCUGCUCGCCGGCACCUCCGCCUCCUCCGCCUCCUCCGCCUCCUCCGCCUACCCGCAUCUCGACGCGCUCUUCAACAAUGUGUGGGCCGACCACGCAGACAUGAUCUCCACCCAGUACUCGGGCACCGGUGCGCUCAAGACUGACUUCACACGCACGGGCAAGCGGACACACAUAGGGCUCGCGAAGGAUGGAGUCAACUCCCUGACCAGAUACUACAAGAAUAACUUCAGUGACGGCUUCAGACAGGAUUCGAUAGAUCUAAUACUGGGUAAGUAUGUGGUGGCGGAGGGCGAGGGAAACACCGUGCCGUCUCCGCUGCGCAGGGACCGAGACUGGAAAUAUAUCACAUUCCCGUCGGUGCUGCUGGUGGCGGUGUCGAUGUUCUGCGCGAGCGCCACGCUGCCGGCGCGCUACUCGAGCGAGGUGCUGCUCUACCUCAUGUUCUGGGGCGCCGCCGUCGGCGCCACGCUCUCAUUCAUAUUCAAGCACGGCAAGGAGUUCGUGGACUGGCCGCGCCUGGACAACGGCGAGCUGGCAGCGGCCCGCGCGCCUCAAACGUCUUUAUGAUCCGCGACCUGCCGCUCGUAGUCGUCGUCUAGCCGACCGUCCCGUAUACUCACUACUUGUACACUCGCCCGCAUUGCGACACCGCACUUUCAUGGCGCACGCCGAAACUGGCUAUAUUUUUUGGUAACUUUCAGUGACACAAAAUAAAUGAAAACUAGACUGACAUAAUCUGAUUUUUCGUCAUGACGUAUUUAGUAAACAAUCCUGGCAGAUUGUUUUUUUUUUUUUUUAAUUAGUAAUAACUAAUAAUAUAAAUGUGAAAACAAAUUUAACUUUUGGCGUUUGAACUGCUUAAUCAAUCGUUAUAAUACUUGGCGUACACAUAAUAUUUGGAAUAGAAAAGAGUACAGACUACUUUUUAUUCCAGUUCAUCAUUAUACGUUAAUAAAAAAACCUGUAAUAUAUUAAAAUUCAAACAGAAAUGUUUUUAUUUCAAACGACAAGCCAAGAUUGUUUAGCAAAUAAUAAAUUAAUUCAGUAUAUAUACAUAUACACCUGCAUUGUACACCACAUAUCUAUGGGGCACAUCUAAUCGGUUGAUUUCCAACUAAAACUCCAAUAAUAUUGAAGUCUAUUUACGGCUAUUUUUAGGUUAAGCGUAUGCUGAAUAAAAAUGCUGGUGACGUAGUUUUCGCAGCAUAGGACAGAGUUGAUUUUGUAACAUAAGUAUAACUAUAAUUGUAAAAGCAUAAAACUGCAUAGAUACAUGUCGAUAUAUACACAUACACAGGUAUGUGUGUAGAUUAUUGUUGCAUAGAUUACUGUGUGUACAUGUUGACAUCCUUUUAUAAUUUUAGCGCCUUUUUUCUAUUUAAAUAUCAGUCAAAGAAAAACGUUAUUUUUUUUUUAUUACUUAAAUGCUAAUUAAAGACUAUGAACAAGCUAUACUACCUAACUAUUAUAUUAAUUGCAAUAUACAUCAUUUAUCUACACACUCGUGAUCAAUUCUGUACUAUGCUGCACAGCGUCAUCAUACCAUACGCUUUACCUUAAAUCCAUCUAUAGCUAGAUAGCUUAGUGACAGUUUAUGGACCAUAAGCUAAAUUUAAUGUAUUAUGGACCCAUAUUAAUUUCUCUCUGGUAUCAAAUUAAAACUUUAAUAUGGAAAUAAAAUGAAAUUAGAAUUUACAUUUGAAAAUAGAAUAUAUCUAGUAUUCCAUUUUCAAUAAACUUAAAAAUAAAAAGGAGAAACCUAAAAUGUAGUUCACUUUAAUUUAUAGCGUAAAGUGAUUUAUGCUAAAUAUUUUUUGGUGGUUUUUUAACAAUUCUAUUUGCCAAAGUACAUUUUGUGCAUACUACGUAUGCGCAUCUCAUAUGCUUCCUUGUGUAAAUGUGUUUCCAUCUUAUUAGAAAAAGAAAUAUAUGUAGUAGUAGCUGAUGAAAAUAAUAAAAUAAAAAAAUGUGAAUUAAGUAAAAUAUUAGUGAACCAAACGAUUUUAUUGCAACGAAUAUCUCAUAUCACUGUUUCCUCUCAAUCAAUCACAAACGAUAUUAUAAUUAUUUGUCCUUUGCCUUUUUAAUUGUUUACUGCCCUUCUAAGAAAAAAGCAUAAGUCACAAAUUUCGUGAUAUUAAAUCAAUUAUACUUGUAGAUGUGAGAAAUAAAUGUAGUUUUUCUAUUUACAUAAUAUAUCAUGUUAUAUUCAACUCUAUCAAUCAAAUUAAAUCGCUAAGUUCACUUUACCUAAAACUCACUUCAUCAGUUUCUUAGGGCAGCAAAAUUAAGUAAUAGUUUAUAUUCUGAAUUCGAUUUAGCGGUUAUGAAUAAAAAAAAAGUAUUUUUGGCGGGAAAUCUUACUCAAUAUUUCAUUAUUUUUGUUAUUAGUAUCAUGAAGUGUAAUUUUCUGAUAUAAAUGUUUAUACAAGGAUUCCAUAUUUAGAAAUUGUUUUGUAUUGGACUCCAUUUUGCUAAUUUGGGUUAGAAAAAGCCCAAUUUGAAGGAGUCCAAAGUGUAAACCGGGUCCACCAAAACUAAAAACGAUUUGCGGCUUAAUUGACUUAUUACCUUACUUUCAUUUCAUUGGUUUAAAUAUUUUGAACUCUAAUUUUUUACUUUUACAGUUAAUUUAAUUUCAAUCUCUUUGUUAUUUCAUUAAACAUAAACAAAUAUUAUUUGUUUGCAGUAUUUUAAAAUCUCAACUUAUUAUGGGUUAGGAUGCUAAAUAAAAUUUUAAAAGGAUUCGGUACCAUAGACAAGUUGAAUUUAUCAUUCCAUUUUAAGCUGUUUGAGGUCUUUGUUUGAAUUUGAACAAAUAAUAUAUUCCAAUGUGGUUGUAAUGUGAACUGAUUGAACAAAGGAAUCUAGAAACUUCGGUGUACAGACACGAGUGUUUUGUCCUUCUUAAAUCUGGAUGUUAGGUUGUAGCAGGAAACAAAUUAAAUGUGCACUCUAUUGUUUCAACAUAAAAUGCAUUUUUGCCUUUUAUUUUCUUUAAUUUUUUAUGUUGUUUUAAAAAAGUGGUGUCUAGUGUACGAAAAUGUCUGUUUUCGUAAUAACAGAUAGAUGUUUGUACAUGGGCUGUGUAUUUAUUUAUAAAAUAUUAAAUUUGUGCAUUGCAUUCAUACAUGUACUCGUAUAGCUUUCUUAUACGAAGUUUGAUUAACCGUGUACUCAUGAAUUUUUAUAUUUAUUUCUAUGAAUAUUUUAUGAUUUAAUUUUUAUAUAUUACAAUUUGUGUAUGUAAAGUUUAUAAAUUAUCUUUGAGAUGGGGUAAAGUUAUAAGGAUUUCGUACGCCAUAGCAUAAUUCACUUAUAAAAAAUAAAUUUAAAAAGAAGGCAAAAUACUUGUGUUUUGGGAUGUAUUCAGAGAUGGCUAACGACGAAACGAGGGCAUGGUUAUUUUUUUUAUAGAAAUGACAUUGCAAUGGUAUUAAUUUGUAUAUUAAAAAUGGCAACACCAUUGAUGUAAGAGUAAAAUUGUCAAUUGGUAAGAGUAUUUCUUUGAUACUCGACUCUCCAAUUAGAUGUAUAUGACCUAGAAUAAAAUAUAAAUUCUAAAAUUUUUAUUUAUAUUAAUGUAUAAAAAAGGAAAAAUAUAUAAUAUGUAUGGUAAUGAUAUUUUUACCUUAUUAAGAUAUAUUUUAAUAAUGUGAAUUAUUAGUAUAUUAAUUCUAAUGUGUGUUGCCAUGCUGUCACAUAAAAAAAAAAUGUAAAUAUUUUAUCAUUCAAUGAGCGAUGUUGUUUCUAAUGUAAUAUUGUUAUUAAUUUUUUUGUGAUUAAUUUAAUUAAUAAUUAUUAUAAUAGUUAUUAUGGAAAGGAUUAAACUAUAUUAAAGCA